AUGGCUCUUACCCACAAUUAUCUUCUUUCAUUUUGCAUCCUUUUUGCCCUCUUUAUUGUCCCUUCCUUAUCAAAAACAUCAUUCAGGCCUAAAGCAUUAAUCCUUCCCGUCUCAAAAGAUGCAUCAACUCUCCAAUACGUGACCCUAAUCAACCAAAGAACACCUUUAGUGCCUGUAAAGUUGACCCUUGAUCUUGGUGGCCAAUAUCAAUGGGUCGACUGUGAAGAAGGCUAUGUAUCGUCUUCUUAUAAACCUGUACGUUGCAGAUCUGCCCAAUGCGCACUUGCUAGGUCAAAGAGUUGCAUCACUGAAUGCUAUUCUAUCCCCAAGCCAGGAUGCAACAAUAACACAUGUGGCCUCCUCCCUGACAACACCGUAACACACACCGGCACUAGUGGUGAGGUUGGUCAGGAUGUUGUUUCUAUCCUAUCUACUGAUGGAUCAAAUCCUGGCAGAGUUGUUUCUGUGACUAAAUUGAUCUUCACUUGUAGUGGACCAAGUUUCCUAGAAGGUCUUGCUAGGGGUGUCAAGGGCAUGGCUGGCCUUGGAAGGACUAAGAUUUCACUUCCCUCUCAAUUCUCUGCUGCUUUUAGCUUUGAUAGGAAGUUUGCCAUUUGCUUGGCUUCUUCAACUUCAAAUGCUAAAGGUGUGGUAUUUUUGGGGGCUGGCCCGUAUGUUUUUCUUCCAGGUAUUGAUGUCUCUAAGUCUCUUAUUUACACCCCAUUAAUUCUCAACCCUGUAAGUACAGCGUCAGCUUCCUUUGAAGGAGAGCCUUCUUCUGAAUACUUCAUUGGAGUCAAGUCUAUCAAGAUUAAUGGAAAAGUUGUUCCAUUGAACACAUCAUUGCUAUCCAUUGAUAGUACUGAAGGCAUUGGAGGAACAAAGAUCAGCACUGUGAAUCCAUACACAGUAAUGGAAACAACAAUCUACAAAGCUGUGGUUGAUACUUUUGUCAAAGAGCUAACCAAUGUUCCGAGAUUGGCAUCAGUGGCACCAUUUGGGGCAUGCUUUAACUCAACCAACAUUGGUAGCACUAGGGUUGGACCGGCGGUGCCUCAAAUUGACCUUGUCCUGCAGAGCAGUAACGUCUUCUGGAGGAUUUUUGGUGCAAACUCAAUGGUGUUUGUUAAAAGCGAUGUGUUGUGUCUUGGGUUCGUGGACGGAGGUUUAAACCCUAGGACUUCAAUUGUAAUUGGAGGUUACCAAUUGGAGAAUAAUCUUCUGCAGUUUGAUCUUGCCACAUCAAGGCUUGGUUUCAGCUCUUCACUGUUGUUUAGACAAACCACUUGUGCCAACUUCAACUUUACCUCUAAUCAUUCUUAA